CCCAUUUAUGGCGGUUGGCUGCUCCUGGCUCCAGAUGGGACUGACUUUGACAACCCGGUGCACCGGUCUCGGAAAUGGCAGCGACGGUUCUUCAUCCUUUACGAGCACGGCCUCUUGCGCUACGCCCUGGAUGAGAUGCCCACGACUCUGCCUCAGGGCACCAUCAACAUGAACCAGUGCACAGACGUGGUGGAUGGGGAGGGCCGCACGGGCCAGAAGUUCUCCUUGUGUAUUCUGACGCCUGAGAAGGAGCAUUUCAUCCGGGCAGAGACCAAGGAGAUCGUCAGUGGGUGGCUGGAGAUGCUCAUGGUCUAUCCCCGGACCAACAAGCAGAACCAGAAGAAGAAACGGAAAGUGGAGCCCCCCACACCACAGGAGCCUGGGCCUGCCAAGGUGGCUGUCACCAGCAGCAGCAGCAGCAGCAGCAGCAACAGCAGCAGCAGCAGCAGCAUCCCCAGUGCUGAGAAAGUCCCCACCACCAAGUCCACACUCUGGCAGGAAGAAAUGAGGGCUAAGGACCAGCCAGAUGGCAACAGCCUGAGUCCAGCUCAGAGUCCCAGCCAGAGCCAGCCUACUGCUGCCAGCUCCCUGCGGGAACCUGGGCUGGAGAGCAAAGAAGAGGAGAGCGCCAUGAGUAGUGACCGCAUGGACUGUGGCCGCAAAGUCCGGGUGGAGAGCGGCUACUUCUCCCUGGAGAAGACCAAACAGGACUUGAAGGCCGAGGAGCAACAGCUGCCCCCGCCGCUCUCCCCUCCCAGCCCCAGCACCCCCAACCACAGGAGGUCUCAGGUGAUUGAAAAGUUUGAGGCCUUGGACAUUGAGAAGGCAGAGCACAUGGAGACCAAUGCAGUGGGGCCCUCACCAUCCAGCGACACACGCCAGGGCCGCAGCGAGAAGAGGGCGUUCCCUAGGAAGCGGGACUUCACCAAUGAAGCCCCCCCAGCUCCUCUCCCAGACGCCUCGGCUUCCCCCCUGUCUCCACACCGAAGAGCCAAGUCACUGGACAGGAGGUCCACGGAGCCCUCCGUGACGAGCUGUGACAGCAGAGGUGUGGAAGGAGUGGUCAGGGUACAGGAGCAAGGCCAGCUCAGCAUGCUGACCCAGCUCUUCCCCGUUCGACAUUCUCAUUUCUCUCUGCAGGCAGCCGACUUGGAUGGGGAAAUUGACUUGUCUACGUGUUACGAUGUCACGGAGUAUCCAGUUCAGAGAAACUAUGGCUUCCAGAUCCAUACAAAGGAGGGCGAGUUUACCCUAUCGGCCAUGACGUCCGGGAUUCGGCGGAACUGGAUCCAGACCAUCAUGAAACACGUGCACCCGACCACUGCCCCGGAUGUGACGAGCUCGUUGCCAGAGGAAAAAAACAAGAGCAGCUCCUCUUUUGAGACAUGCCCGAGGCCUACUGAGAAGCAAGAGGCAGAGCCGGGGGAGCCGGACCCUGAGCAGAAGAGGAGCCGCGCACGGGAGCGGAGGCGAGAGGGCCGCUCCAAGACCUUUGACUGGGCUGAGUUCCGUCCCAUCCAGCAGGCCCUGGCUCAGGAGCGGGUGGGUGGCGCAGGGCCCACUGACACCCAUGAGCCCCUGCGCCCUGAGGUGGAGCCUGGGGAGCUGGAGCGGGAGCGUGCACGGAGGCGGGAGGAGCGCCGCAAGCGCUUUGGGAUGCUCGACGCCACAGACGGGCCAGGCACUGAGGAUGUAGCCCUGCGCAUGGAGGUGGACCGGAGCCCAGGGCUGCCUGUGAGUGACCUCAAGACGCAUAACGUCCAUGUGGAGAUCGAGCAGCGGUGGCAUCAGGUGGAGACCACGCCUCUCCGGGAAGAGAAGCAGGUGCCCAUCGCUCCCGUCCACCUGUCUUCUGAAGAUGGGGGUGACCGGCUCUCCACACACGAGCUGACGUCUCUGCUGGAGAAGGAGCUGGAGCAGAGCCAGAAGGAGGCCUCAGACCUUCUGGAGCAGAACCGGCUCCUGCAGGACCAGCUGAGGGUGGCCCUGGGCCGGGAGCAGAGCGCCCGUGAGGGCUACGUGCUGCAGGCCACGUGCGAGCGAGGGUUUGCAGCAAUGGAAGAAACGCACCAGAAGAAGAUUGAAGAUCUGCAGAGGCAGCACCAGCGGGAGCUAGAGAAACUUCGGGAGGAGAAAGACCGCCUCCUGGCCGAGGAGACAGCGGCCACCAUCUCAGCCAUCGAAGCCAUGAAGAAUGCCCACCGGGAGGAGAUGGAGCGGGAGCUGGAGAAGAGCCAGCGGUCCCAGAUCAGCAGCGUCAACUCGGACGUUGAGGCCCUGCGGCGCCAGUACCUGGAGGAGCUGCAGUCGGUACAGCGGGAACUGGAGGUCCUCUCGGAGCAGUACUCGCAGAAGUGCCUGGAGAAUGCCCACCUGGCCCAGGCGCUGGAAGCCGAGCGGCAGGCCCUGCGGCAGUGCCAGCGUGAGAACCAGGAGCUCAAUGCCCACAACCAGGAGCUGAACAACCGCCUGGCUGCAGAGAUCACACGGUUACGGACGCUGCUGACUGGGGACGGCGGUGGGGAGGCCACUGGGUCACCCCUUGCACAGGGCAAGGAUGCCUAUGAACUAGAGGUCUUAUUGCGGGUAAAGGAAUCGGAAAUACAGUACCUGAAACAGGAAAUUAGCUCCCUCAAGGAUGAGCUGCAGACGGCACUUCGGGACAAGAAGUACGCAAGUGACAAGUACAAAGACAUCUACACAGAGCUCAGCAUCGCGAAGGCUAAGGCUGACUGUGACAUCAGCAGGUUGAAGGAGCAGCUCAAGGCUGCAACAGAAGCGCUGGGGGAAAAGUCCCCUGACAGUGCCACGGUGUCCGGAUACGAUAUAAUGAAAUCUAAAAGCAAUCCUGACUUCUUGAAGAAAGACAGAUCCUGUGUCACCCGGCAACUCAGAAACAUCAGGUCCAAGAGUCUGAAGGAAGGCCUGACGGUGCAAGAACGGUUGAAGCUCUUUGAAUCCAGGGACUUGAAGAAAGACUAGCUGUGUCCCAUCCAAGUUGAGCACGCGCCUUCCCCAGCUUGCAGCAGCACACCCCGAGCGCUGCUUUUCACCUGUACCUUUGUUUUAUUAUUAUUAUUGCUGUUGUUGUCAUCGUUAACUGUGGGCAUGGAAUGUGUGAGGCUGGCUUCUGGGUUGUCCACACCACUCUGCUGUGUUGACUUCCUAUUGUCUUCAUCAAAGCUCUUUUCCGUGGUAUUCUAAAAUGAGGCCAGCAGUGGGGGCUGGGAGGGCAUCUGUGUUAGUCCCUUCCUGGCUGUGACCCGCUGCACUCACUGUCAGUAUUAAGGCCCAGCAGCCUGUUGAUAAGCUACCCUGUCUCACCACGCGCUGGUGUGGAAACAGGGCCCAGCCAGCACGCCUCAAGGUAGAUGGAAUCCCCACUGGUCAGAGAAAAAGCCAUGCGGACACUCCAGCUUUUGGCCUGGGUCACAGCACUGACUCCUUACCCGCUAGUCUGGCUGUUAAGAGGAGAAGGUGCGCUGCCUUCCGGCCUGGGAGGAAGACAGCAUUUUGUAUCUGUUCCACUGAUGCAGCUUAGAACCACACCCCUGAGAAUCGUGGCAAACCUUUCACAACCUGGAAAAUGUUGAAAGCAACCAUUCCUAUUUUUGUUUGUUUUUUAUUAAAUCUUGCACAAAA